AUGGUGUUUUCCGGCCCGUGUCGGUCUCGAGCGGAAAGACGCUCGGCUGAGAUGUCGCCGCGCCGUCUCGCACCCCUGUUGAUCCUUGGCACGAUCCUCGCCGGGCUGACGAGCACCGCCGCCGCGGACAGGAUGAGCGGCCUCUAUGUUGACAACGGUUUCGACCAGACGAUCGUCCACAGAGUGGUCAGCCAACGCGAGAAACGCGAGGUCGAGCACGAGAUAUUGAAUCUUCUUGGAUUACCCGAUCGGCCGAAAAACACGGCCGGCAGGCCGCCGCAGGUCAAGAGGUCGGCGCCCAAAUUCCUCUUGGACAUAUACAAGAACGCUCUCGGCGAGGACGAAGACGAGAAGCCGAUCGGCGAGCAGCAACGUACGGCCGGCGAGUUCGAUCUCACCGGCCAGGAUUUCAGGGCCAUCGACCAGAGCGACGUCAUCAUGACCUUUGCUGCGCACAGCGAUCAAGUGUCUCUUUUACAGACCAGACUGACUCGGAGGUACCGGAUAAAGGCCGGCGUACCGACUUUGAUUCUAUUGGACGGGACGAACGGCUCGGUGAUAACCAGAGGAGGCGUGGAGCGAACCAUCGGUGAUCCCAGCGGGGCUGAAUUUCCUUGGAAACCUCCUCAUCCGAAGGCUGCUCUCGAAGAUGGGCCCCUGCUGUCGUGCGGGGCGCGCGAUAGUAACGAACCCAUGCUACACGAGGAGUUACGUCACUGCUUCAAGGGUGUUUACUUCAGCGCACACUGGUGUCCACCUUGUAAGGCAUUUACCCCGCAGCUUGUGGACACUUAUCAGCGAAUUCGAGAGAGGGGUCACGAUUUCGAGGUGAUCUUUGUGAGUUCAGAUAGGAGCGAAGAAUCUUAUAACGUUUAUAUUGAAACGAUGCCUUGGUUGAGGAUACCCUUUAGUCAAGAAGAGAGACGACGAAAAUUAGCGAGAGCCCUCGACGUACAAGCAAUACCCACUUUAGUGAUACUUGAUCCCCGAGAUAACAUUAUAACGUUAGACGGUCGUGCGGAGUUAAUCGAGGAUCCCGAAGGGCUGAAGGUGAAGACUGUGAAAUUCAAUUCGCAGAAAGUGUGUUAUUGCCAGCUGCCCAGGCGUACAGGCAAGAUAGACCAGAUUACGAUCCAAAUUACGACGACCCAGAUGAUAUUUUGCAGUUUUAUAUAGCAUUAGAUUGUGAAACGUCAGAUAUUCUUCGUGAAUUUGUCGGUUUAGAUGACGCUGUGCCCCUCUUAACAGCGAUUGAUAUACCUCGAGGAGUUUAUGUGGUGAUGGAGGAUGGUGCCGAGAUUACUGUGGAUUCUGUACAACAAUUUGUCGACGGUUUUCGUAAUGACAAACUGCCUAUAAACAAAAUAGCUGCAGUGCAUAAGACCGCUAAAAAUGAUUACGUUUCUACUUGAAUUUUUAAAGAUCAACCGACAAUUUUAUACGGAAUAUUGAAAGCCACGUGAAGGAAGGAGCAGUUAAGAUUUUAAGUGGUCAUUAUACAACCACGAAAAACAAAAACAAAAAAAAGAAACCCCACCCUCUUUUCUCAAUCCUAUCUCUGUGAUACCAUUGCUCCUUUCGUAGGAAGGAUCUCGCGCGAAAUGGCGCUUGUAUUCGCACACCCUUUUGUGGAAGUAACCAAAAGACAUGUAUUAUGUAUCAUAGUCAAUAAAAACUGAGCGAAUUGUAUUUUUAAAUGUACACAUGCACACGUUAAUAUAUUAUAUAAUGUAUUACUUAAUAAACGCCAAAUGAACACGUCUAACAUAUCUUGAGUUACUAGCAAGUGCUUGAGUUACUUACUCUGUUCUCCAUAAAGGUAAUAAUAAUAAUUUAUCUCGUAUCUUGAUUAAAAUUAUUUUAUGAAUUUAAA